GACGCAUGCAAACGAGCCGCGCGGCGAUUGGCAGCGGGGUUGGCAGGAUAACUCCAGCCCGGGGAGCCCUUUGUCCCUCAGACCGGCUUUGGGCUCCGGAGGGUGAGGUGUCCUUUCUGGGUCGGUGGAGUGGCCGCCGGGGAAGCAAGCAGGGGCUCGGCGCGAGGCUGCAACAUGACUCUGGAAGAGCUGGCGGGGGAGCACCAAGCAUUGGGAAGCAUGGAGAAAGUAGGAGACGCCUUGGAAGAAGUCCUAAGCAAAGCCCUGACUCAGAGAAGCAUCACGGUCGGCGUGUAUGAGGCUGCCAAGCUGCUCAAUGUGGAUCCAGAUAAUGUGGUGCUUUGUCUGCUGGCAGCGGAUGAGGAAGACAAUCAGGAUGUUGCUUUGCAAAUCCAUUUCACCCUGAUCCAAGCUUUCUGCUGUGAGAAUGACAUCAACAUACUCCGAGUGAGCAACCCCAGUCGCCUGGCAGAGCUCCUGCUUCUGGGGGCAGGCGGAGGAGGGGGCGAGCCGCCUGCGGAUUUGCACUGCGUACUUGUCACCAAUCCACAUGCUUCUCAGUGGAAGGAUCCAGCCCUAAGUCAGCUGAUCUGCUUUUGCCGGGAAAGCCGCUAUAUGGACCAGUGGGUUCCCGUGAUCAACCUUCCUGAACGGUGACAGCAUGUGAACAAAACUGAAUAUGGGGAAAAAUGCACUGAAGUUUCAAAAUACUUUAGUAGUUUGCUCAGGAAGUAAUGUCCCAGCCUGACAGAAGGAUUACAGGAACUGAUGUCAAGUGGGUAGGUUGAGGUUGAACUGCACACUGUGUGAAACUGAAGGACAUUUGACUUUGCUUGUGGAAGAGGAUGGACCGGAAGCAGAGGAAGUCAUCGGAAGUCACGGGAGGAAGUCGGAGUUCUGCUGCAAGACGGUUGUGAAAGCAAUGUGGCAGAGUUCCUUUCAGAACACACGCACCAUGCUUUGUUGGAGUUGUGAAACAGCAACUUUUCGAUUUCCAUUUUCAAAUACCUUUCACUCGCAAGAAGUGCUAAAUGGUUUCAUUAUUCUCAAAACUGUUUUUGUUUCCAAUAUGGUGAUUUCUUAAGUUUUUUAUUCUAAGAAAUACUAAGUUAUUUUAUGACCUUGAGGAAAGAUUUAUUUAUGCUAGAGAUUUGGAAGAGCAUCCUACUUGCACCGCUGGUAUUAAAAUGUUUGAACUGCAACCUUUUAAUAAAUUGUUUGAAAUUGGACUGUGUUCAGUGAAAUAAAAAUCUAAAAGCCA